GCCUCUUCGUGUGGACUUACUGCUCAUAAACCCCAUGACGCUUUGCAGCAGACCUUCAUGCUGAUGGCUGAAAAAUGGAUGGUGUGCUGCUCAUCCAUCAGACAAACACGCACCUUCACAGACACCUUUUGUACAAACCAUCACAGCAAUGGAACUGAAUGAAUAUAUCAGCAACUGAACACGAUUGUUAGCACAGCAAUGUGACAGAAGGAUUGGUAGAGCUGCAGCCCCGCCCUUGGUUCUGUCCCAGAAUGCUGAGCCCAGUUCUCUGUUCCGAUCUCGCAGCCUUGGAGCCAGAGUACACAGAGGCUGAUGUCAUCUCUACGGUGGAGUUCAACCAGACUGGAGAGUUCUUGGCCACAGGAGAUAAGGGUGGGAGGGUCGUCAUCUUUCAGAGAGAACCACAGGGAGAAUAUAAUGUUUACAGUACAUUUCAGAGUCAUGAGCCUGAGUUCGAUUACCUGAAAAGUUUGGAGAUUGAAGAGAAAAUCAAUAAGAUUCGCUGGCUGCCUCCGCAUAACCCCGCCCACUUCCUCCUCACCACCAAUGACAAGACCAUAAAGCUGUGGAAGGUGAGUGAGCGAGAUAAGCGAGCAGAAGGCUAUAAUCUGAGAGAUGAGGAGGGCAGACUGAAGGACCUCUCUACGGUCACCACUCUACAGGUCCCUGUCCUGCGGCCGAUGGAUCUCCUGGUGGAGGCGUCCCCACGGCGUGUUUUUGCUAACGGACAUGCAUAUCACAUCAACUCCAUCAGUGUCAACAGUGACUGUGAGACGUACCUGUCUGCCGACGAUCUGAGAAUUAACCUGUGGCAUCUCAACAUCACUGACCGCAGCUUCAGUAUCCUCAUGCGUCAUAUUAAUUUAGAAGUUUUAAGUGGAGUGAUUGGGGUGGCUGAGUUUGGUGAUCAUUGUUGUUGAGUUUUAGCCUUCAGCAGCAGCACAGGAACCACACGCCUCUGUGACAUGAGAGCCCGCGCACUCUGUGACCAGCAUGCCAAACUGUUUGAAGAAGCAGUGGAUCCAUCCCGCCGAUCCUUCUUCUCCGAGAUCGUUUCCUCGGUGUCAGAUGUGAAGUUCAGUCACAGCGGCCGCUACCUGCUCACUAGAGAUUACCUCACCGUUAAAGUCUGGGACCUCAACAUGGAAAAUAAACCACUGGAAACGUACCAGGUCCACGACUACUUGCGAACCAAAUUGUGCUCUUUGUAUGAAAGCGAUUGUAUUUUUGACAAGUUUGAAUGUGCCUGGAAUGGAACGGACAGCGUGAUCAUGACAGGCGCUUACAACAACUACUUCCGAAUGUUUGACCGGGCGAGUCUGCGUGACGUGACUCUGGAGGCCAGUCGGGAGGUGUGCAAGCGGAGGGCGGUCCUGCAGCCGCGCCGGGUGUGCGUGGGCAAGAAACGAAAAGAGACGGACGUAAGCGUGGACAGUCUGGACUUCAGGAAGAAAAUCCUCCAUACCGCCUGGCAUCCCAAAGAAAACAUCAUCGCCAUCGCAGCCAGCAACAACCUGUACAUUUUUCAGGACAGAAUGGCGCCGAACGGACAUCACAACACGCCGGAAAUACAGAGUGCGCCUCCCAAGUAGAAGACGCAGGCCAAAUCAGACGUUCUUCAGUAUGGUGCAACACAUGCUAAAUUCACUUAAUUUUCCGACCCUUUAUGACCACAUUUCCAAUCUGGAUUCAGUGUCGCCAGCAUCAGAACAAUCUCAAGAACUAUUAUGAACAUAUAUGACCCCGAAAAUCGAAUGAUACAAACUAUAACUGUGGUCCUGAAUGAGAAUGUUUUGCUCAGAUUCAGUGCUAUCGCAUGGCAUGCCGUAUGAACACUUGGGUUAGAUAAUGUUCACGUGAUUCAGAUCGCACAUGCAUGUUUACAAAGCUGUCUGCUCAUGAACAGGGCUUAUUUAACAAUGAUGAUUGUAAACGAAUCAGAGCCUUUACGAUGCUUUAUAAUGCUCUGCAGUGCUUGUUUAGAGUUAAUGUCUGUUCGUUCUUCUCAGGCUUU